ACCUGCCCGCGCAGGAAGCCGGCAGUGAGGUUCAGGAGGGAAAGCCGAAAGUAGAUUGCGAAUACAAGACUGUAACCAGGUUCAUUAACUGGGCAAAAUGGGCUGCUUGCCCCUGCCUUGACUUGAGGCGUCCUGGCCCGGCACAGCCCGUGCUCUUGGCUCUGGAGCAGCUCCGGAGCCUCCGACCCCCCGGCAGGUGUGUGAGCGCCCACCGGGCGAUCCUGCAGGAUGGCGAUCGGCGUCCUCAUCCUGAGGCUGGUCGUCUGCAGCUUGGCACUGCCCAUGUAUCUGCUGAACUUCCUGGGCGUGUGGAACUGGUUCUGCAAAAAAUGGUUCCCCUACUUCUUGAAGAGCUUCACGGUGACGUACAAUGAACAGAUGGGGAGCAAGAAGCGAGAGCUCUUCAGCAACCUGCAGGAGUUUGCGGGCACCUCGGGGAAGCUGUCCCUGCUGGAGGUGGGCUGCGGCACCGGGGCCAACUUCAAGUUCUACCCGCCUGGGUGCAGGGUGACCUGUGUAGAUCCCAACCCCAACUUUGAGAAGUUCCUGAUCAACAGUGUUGCCGAGAGCCGACAUCUGCAGUUCGAGCACUUCGUGGUGGCUGCUGGGGAGAGCAUGCCGCAGGUGGCCGACGGCUCCGUGGAUGUGGUGGUCUGCACCCUGGUACUGUGCUCGGUGAAGAACCAGGAGCAGAUUCUGCGCGAGGUGUGCAGGGUGCUGCGGCCGGGAGGGGCGUUUUACUUCAUGGAGCACGUGGCAGCAGAGCGCUCCACCUGGAUUCACUUCUGGCAGCAGGUCCUGAACCCUGUCUGGCUCCUCCUGUUUGAUGGCUGCAACCUCACCAGGGAGAGCUGGAAGGCCCUGGAGCGGGCCGGCUUCUCCAAGCUGAAGCUGCAUCGCAUCCAGGCCCCGCUGUCCUGGAAGCUGGUGCGACCUCACAUUUAUGGCUAUGCAAUCAAGUAGGGCGGGCAGCUCGAGCCACGGAAGGCUCGCGUCUUACGUUGAAAGUACCAGCCCGGAGAAGGGAAAACCUUGCUUUAGGUGAAGCUGAUUGUCAACCUUAAAAGCUCCUGUUAUUUGCAGUUUAGAAUCAAAGGCAAGAUCAAACACUCAGCUUUGAACUCAUCCUUCAGAGGGAACAGGGGGCGUUCACAACUGAAUUCCAGCCUCACCCCCAGACCUUACCUUAUUCAGUAACUUGAAGGUUUUCUCUGAUUGUGUCAAAUUGUUUCCCAAGCAAUGUUAAUCUGCCCCUCUCUGAGCCCUGGUGGCCUGGUGCUAAGGCACAGUGAGUCACUCACAGAACACUUGGAAAGGGAGAGUGAAUGGAACUUAGCAACUCACAGACAGAAGAAGAAAUACUGAGUGAACAUCCAAGUCCAGGUGGCACAGAUUUUUUGAGUAAGGAAUCUGAACCUAUUUGUUACUGCUAGUGUCACUGGUCAAGCUGCCACACUUCGUCCAGUCUAGAUUUGCUGUCCUUUGUUCCAGCACCCCAUUGGGAUGUGUUUACUUGCAUGACAGUCCUUAAUUCUGUAGAGGCAAGCUGUACCCGACACUUCAGUGUAAUCACGAAACUUCACGAGGAAGUUAAAUUUCUUGGUUCUUUUUGUUGUUGCUGUCUGGCAUAUGCUUUGUUAAAUACAGCACAUUGAAAACAAAAUAAGGGCUUCUUGGAACCAGGAAAGCCUUAUGUCGUUGGGGACCCUGGCAUUAGUCACGGUGGACCCCAAGUCAAGCAUUUGGUGAUUCUGUAAAAAGUAGACACAGGUUUUUUUUGGACAAUGCUGAUCAAAUUCAUCCCUUCCCCCCAAUUUCUUUGUUCUUUGCAACUAUGGAAACGAUGUUACGUCACCACAAGUGCUUCAGGCUGAUCCGUGAUCAGUCAUGAAAUUAAGAAUAAGGUUUCUAACAGGUGUUUGUAUGUCUUCUCAUGAAUACAAUGCUCUGAGAUUAUUUUGCACUCUUUUAGUAUCAAAUCAAUGAAUAAAUUCACAUUUAAUUUAGAAAUGGAAA